AUGGCAUCUGAGCAGAGCCCGCUUCUCGGCAACGAGAAUCAAACAACAGACCAAGAUGGCUAUGAUGGCAAUCGUGUCGACCCAAAAGCUUCUAGAUGGCCAAGAAUUCGUGAAAUCGGCCUCUUCAUUUGGGCUGUCGUCGCCACCGCAGCCGUAAUAGUCGUGGCCGUGUGGACACAACAUAACCAGCAGACAUCCAAGCAUGGCUCUCGGCCAGCUAAACGCAACCUCGUCUUCAUGGUCUCGGAUGGCAUGGGGCCUGCCUCUCUAUCACUAACUCGAAGCUAUCGUCAGCAUGUUGAGGGCCUGCCUGAGCAUGACACUCUGACAUUGGACAAGCAUUUCUGGGGCACUAGUCGAACCAGAUCAAGCAGCUCCUUGGUCACUGACAGUGCUGCUGGCGCUACCGCCUUUUCUUGUGGUAAAAAAACUUACAAUGGUGCCAUUUCAAUGCUUCCUGAUUUUCAGCCUUGUGGCUCCGUUCUAGAAGCCGCCAAGAAAGCAGGAUACACCACAGGAAUGGUUGUCACCACGGACAUUACGGACGCAACUCCAGCUUGCUUUGCCAGUCAUGUCAUGAUAAGGCAAAUGCAGGACGCCAUUGCCUUGCAGGAAAUUGGCCAUGGACCUUUGGGCCGUUCUGUCGACCUCAUGCUUGGCGGCGGGCGUUGUCAUUUCAUGCCAAACACCACCUCCGGUAGCUGCCGCCUGGAUAAUAUUGACGUGAUUGCGAUGGCAGAGGAGAAAUAUGGGUGGUCUUACAUCGACAAUCGUAAGAGCUUUGAUGCCCUACACGAAGGUCAAAGUGCCGCUUUGCCGUUAUUGGGGCUGUUCGCCUCGUCAGACGUGCCUUUCGAAAUGGACCGGAAGAACAUGCAUGACGUCUAUCCAAGUCUCAGUGAGAUGGCGACGACCGCCCUACGAGCCCUCGAGAAAGCCACUUCAAAAAGCGAGAAGGGCUUUUUUCUCAUGAUUGAGGGCAGCCGAAUUGACCAUGCCGGGCACAUCAAUGACCCUGCCGCCCAGGUACGAGAGGUCCUUGAAUACGAUAGAACAUUCAAAGCAGUCUUGGAUUUCAUCGAUGAUAGCGACACCGAAACCGUUCUCGUAGCCACCAGUGAUCACGAAACUGGAGGGCUCGCGACCGCGCUUCAGGAACCUGGCCACCUACCCGUUUAUCGAUGGUACCCGCAGGUCCUGGCAAACGCUACUGCAUCAUGUGAAAACUUGGCUGCCUCAUUACAGAAUUACAUUUCCUCCCUCUCCGCAUCUACUUCAAAGGAACAGCUCAAAACAUGGAUAAAUGACAACCUUAUUAUCCCCGGGUUAGGUGUUGUUGAUGCCACUGACGAGGAGAUCUCACUGCUAGCAGACAAACCCGACGUCUCCGUCAAUACAUUUGCGGCCAUUAUUUCACUUCGCGCACACAUUGGUUGGAGCACCCAUGGCCAUACUGCCGUCGAUGUCAAUAUCUACAGCUCUGGUGGUCGAGAUACUGACCAAAUUCGCGGAAAUGUUGAGAAUACUGACAUCGGCAAGUUUCUGAGUCACUACUUAGACGUUGAUGUCGACGAAAUCACCGAGAAACUUAGAGAGUCCAUUGGCGGCGACGACAAAGACACUAACAAGGGACUCUACGCCACACUGGGCCAAAAGGGGGCCGGGAAUCAGGCAUCUGAUAAAUACCAUGCCCUCGAAAGAUCAUGA